CCCAUAUGCUGGUCUCCAAUUCUCCUUCUACAACAUAUUGCAGCAGUUUUCUGAAUGGGUGAUUCCAGCUGAAGGAAAGAAAGCAGGGACUGCCGCUAGCGCAUCCGCUCCCCUGAUCCUCGCCCUCGGAGCAGGCCAGUCAUGGGGGAGACGGGCAAAGAGGAGUAUAAGAUACAGUCAUUCGAUGCUGAGACGCAGCAGCUGCUGAAGACGGCUCUCAAAGACCCCAGCAGCGUGGACCUGGAGAAAGUGGCCAAUAUUAUAGUGGACCAGUCCCUCCAAGACUGCGUGUUCAGCAAGGAGGCAGGGCGCAUCUGCUACACCAUCAUCCAGGUGAGGGAGAGCCUCCUGUCCGGGCAGCGAAACGCCGGGAGCGUGCUCCGGCAGCCCCUCGCCCGGCCCAGGAGGGGCUUCUCCCAGCCCCGGAAAAACUCUUUGAAAAAGCUGCAGCCUCUUCCCCUUCCGGCCCCUGGCCGAAGAAGGCUCCUGCCUUUUUUGAACAACAUGCCCAGGAUGGGUCUGGUGAAUCCAGUUUAUGACUGUCUCUUCCGGCUGGCGCAGCCCGACAGCCUGCGGAAGGAGGAGGAGGUGGACUGCUUGGUCCUGCAGCUGCAUCGCAUUGGCGAGCAGCUGGAGAAGAUGAACUCCCAGCGGAUGGACGAGCUCUUCUCCCUCCUCCGAGACGGCUUCCUCUUGCAGGACGGGCUCAGCUCCCUGUCCCAGCUCCUGCUGCUGGAGAUCAUUGAGUUUCGGGCUGCUGACUGGAAGAUGACGGACGCUGCCCAGAAAUACUACUACAGCGAAGUGACGGAUUAAGUCCCCUGCAGCAGAGGCAGUGAGAUGUCCCCAGCACUUUCACCAGCAAGCUUCAUACCAAGUUUGAAUUUCUUUUCAUGUUAAUGUUUUUCUAGCACUUCCUGUAAAUAGGAGUUAUACUGGCUAGAGCCUCUGUGCACGUAACUGCCAGCCUGUAACUGGUGCUAGACUGACUUUGGAGGUUUGGCGAGGUGGGAGGGGCACGGCCCACAUAACUCAGCAAGUUCUUCCACUGGUUUGGUUUAAUUAUGGGCCAAUGCCAGCAAAGGGCAAGGAAUGCUUCUAGUUCAAACCAGCGUUUUAUACAUGCAUUAAGCAAAGCACAGUUUAAGCUGAGAGCAUCUUAGUUUACCCAAGAGCCAGCAGAGCUGAGGCAGGUAGAAGGGAAAUUUUACAGCUCACAGUCCCCAAACCAGCUUGUACCUGCUUUUCUGGGACAAGUCACGAAGAACACUGUGGUCAGACACCUUGCAAACAGCUCAACCAAGUGCUAAUUUUUCCAGACUCUCCAGCACGCUGCUGUACCUGCACGCAACGCAGCCUCCACCACGGGUCACCAGCCACUGACACCCACCACAGGGCAGCCUGCAGCAGGACAAGUCCCUCUGCACAAGUAGCUAGAAACAGGUUUUAUAAGUUUUAUACAAUAAUUGCUGUUUUCUCAAAUUUUAGUGUGUUUCAAAUAGGAUAUGUUUCUUAUGAGAACGGGAGAGGAAGAAAGGAAAUAGUUUAUUGAAGACUUUUUCUAAUAAAAGUUUUCCACUAACACGUGCCCUGCGUUCUCUCUAUGCAGCUGCUGAGCUAUAGCAAGGAUUGCUCUGAACAAUACUCAAAAGUUGCUCCUGCCUCAAGCCUUAAGGCUGCGGUAUUCAUUUUCUCCUCUGGUGUAGGGCAGCAGAAUGGCUUCAGGCGAAUCGGGUGGCUGGAGAGAGCAGUGUGAGAGUCAAGAAACAGAGACAAAGGUUUGGAAUCAAGACACCUUUCCCAGGAAGAUCUCAUUUUAUUUUUUCUGUUAACAUCCCCAUCAAUUCUUUGCAAAUAAUGUUGCUGAUGACCAGAACUAAAAGUCAAAAAGGGCCUUUUGUUACUCCCCCCCCUCUUUUUUUU